UGCCAAGAUUCCUCGCCUGCCUCCAGGCCCUCGCCUCCCAGCGCCUAGCACCCUGCGGGACCACCGAGGCACCCCAGGCCUCUCCCAAUGGCCCCACCUCUGCCCGUCAGCGAUUGGCUUUGGGGGCUGCCCAUACGCUUCAUGCCCGCCAAUCACUGACGUUUCUAGCGCUGACUGGCCAGGGAGCAGCCAAUCGGGGCGUGGCGUGGACCCCUCCCGUGGCGCGCUCUGGGGGUGCGCGAGGCGGGGCCGUGGCGGCUGGAGGUGGCGGCGGCGGCGACGCGUCCGGGCCAGUGAGGGGGCGCGGGGGCGCCGGGGGGCGCAAGCGUCAGCGGCCCGCGCUUGUCGGGCUGAACUGAGGACCGAGUCUCCUGCCAUUCCGAGCAGGCCUGGUAUGGAUAAUGGUGUGAAGGAAGGCCCGGUGCGAUUGCGUGAGGAUGCCGAGGCUGUCCUGUCCUCGUCCGUCUCAUCAAAGCGUGACCACAGGCAAGUGCUCAGCUCCCUGCUGUCUGGGGCCCUGGCUGGCGCCCUUGCCAAAACAGCAGUAGCCCCCCUGGACCGAACCAAAAUCAUCUUCCAAGUGUCUUCAAAAAGAUUUUCUGCCAAGGAGGCCUUCCGGGUCCUCUACUACACCUACCUCAACGAGGGCUUUCUCAGCUUGUGGCGCGGGAACUCGGCCACCAUGGUGCGCGUGGUGCCCUACGCCGCCAUCCAGUUCAGCGCCCACGAAGAGUACAAGCGCAUCCUGGGCAGCUACUAUGGCUUCCGCGGAGAAGCCCUGCCCCCUUGGCCUCGCCUCUUCGCCGGCGCACUGGCUGGAACGACAGCCGCUUCACUGACCUACCCCCUGGACCUGGUCAGAGCGCGGAUGGCCGUAACCCCGAAGGAAAUGUACAGCAACAUCUUUCAUGUCUUCAUCCGCAUCUCGAGAGAAGAGGGGCUGAAGACCCUCUACCAUGGAUUUAUGCCCACUGUGCUGGGGGUCAUUCCCUACGCCGGCCUGAGCUUCUUCACCUAUGAGACGCUCAAGAGCCUGCACAGAGAGUACAGCGGCCGCCGACAGCCCUACCCCGUCGAGCGCAUGAUCUUCGGCGCCUGCGCUGGCCUCAUCGGGCAAUCGGCCUCGUACCCGCUGGAUGUGGUGCGGCGGCGUAUGCAGACGGCCGGCGUCACCGGCUACCCGCGUGCCUCGAUCGCCUGCACGCUGCGCACCAUCGUGCGGGAGGAGGGCGCCGUGCGCGGCCUCUACAAAGGCUUGAGCAUGAACUGGGUCAAGGGUCCUAUCGCCGUGGGCAUCAGCUUCACCACCUUCGACCUCAUGCAGAUCCUGCUGCGGCACCUGCAGAGCUAGGGUACCCUGAGCUGCUCUCAGGACGGUGGACCAGUGACCCCUUUGUAUUCUGGGCCCAUGGAACGGGGGGCGCGCUUGAUUCCACCUCAGGAGCCACAUGAGGCGCUUUGUGGAACGAGAAGGUGGACCUGAGGAGCCUGGGCUCAGAGUCCAGGUCCAAACGCAAAGCUGGUGGCCCUGGAAGUGCAGUGUUGGGGCGAUGGUGUGGGGGGCCCCGCAGCCCCCCUCCUCCUUCCUCUGCAGAGGCUGGCGCCGCCUGCCGGAGGUGUUGCCCAAAAGGCCCUAGUGGGGCGUGGUCGACUCCACCUCCUGAUCCUGUGUGUCCUCCGACAUGCUGCUGAUUCUAGUGACCCCUGUCCCCACCAGGCUCAGAGCCAGACCGCGCCUGACCCUUUUUGUUCUGACUCCAGGUGCCUGCCCGGCCUCCAGGGUGCAGGGGAGCCUUUCCUGCAGGCGGACCCUGCCCUGGAUGGGGCCAGCCUCGUGAUCAGCUUUGGUCACAAAUGCAGCCCCUGGACCACCCCACCCUGCCAACCCUGCCUUCUCCAGUAUUUCCCGUGCGGCCACGACUCCUCAGUCACCAGAGCCUCCUGCUGGGAACAGUGUCCCCCAGAGCCUCAUGUCUGUCUCUAUCCUAGACCCUGCAAGCAGCUGGGUCCUCAAGAGCACAUCUCCCCCUAGGGUUGCCUGCCCACCUGCUUUGUAACCUUCCCAGGAGACUCACGCUUGCUCUGUGCAGCAGGGCUCGAGGCCCAGGCCAUGACAUGGAACUGCCUCAGGUUUGGGUCAGACCUGCAGCCUGGGGCAUCUGCUGAAAUGUAAGCACCCAAGCCGCCCCCUUUGGCCCAGAAGCUCCUGCCCCCUGGGCCCAGCGUCUCAGUGCCCCAACCCUCUGCCCAGCUGUGGUAUCCAACGGGUCCCUGGGUCCCCGGGUCCCCAUUUGAGCAGGCAUUUGGCUGGGAUAUGGAGCAAUUUAAAGCCCACAGGAGUUGUUCAGUUUCUAUGAAAUGGAGCACGGGGCACCUGGUAGCCUCGAUCUCCCCGAGUGGGAGCCUCAUGACAGAGUAUAGCCUGGGGGUGGGAGGUGAGGAAGAGCUGAGGUACCCAGGGGAGCUAACUGGUCUCUCAGAGAAGUCCCCCAGGGCCCACCAGGUAUCACAGGGACUCAGAAACACCCUUCUUCUUUUUUUUUUUUGGUUUUGGUUUUCAACUUGGCUGACCCCGGGUCUAUGAUCUAUUGACAUUGAACCCCUGACCAGUCCGCCUGGUGCCAGGGUGAGCGUAACGUGAGUGUUGCUUUCCACGGCUGGCUCAGCACACGCUGUGUGAAGAGAUCUGAGCUUGUUCAUCUCCAGCUGUGACUUCCAUUUCUGCCUUCCUUCUGUCCUCCUCCUGUUCUUGCCUUGGACCUGUGGGUGUGCAGACCGCUCUCUCUGCCUUCCUUGCAUGUGGCCACCAGCCAUCCCUGAUCUUGUCCCCAGAGGCCCAGGCAGCCUGUGAUGGCUGUGAGGGGUUGUCCCACUGGGUGGGUAUCCUUUACCCAGCACACAGACUUGGCAGGAGAGGCAGGGCAACCCUCACAGGGAGAUGAGAGGGCACCCAACUCACACAAGCGUGUGACAGAAAUAGGGAUUGGGGGUCUGCCCCAGGUGGGUGAGACCAAAUGGGUGGAUUUGGGGCCACAGGCUAGGCAGGAGAGACAAGGCGUAGGUGGGAGGGUCCCCCAGGCCCUGCUGACCCCAGUGUGUCUCCCCGGAGAUGGCUCCCAGCUGAGUGGGACCCGGCAGGAGUUGGGACAGUGCUGUCCCCCACCCCUGCACACAGCCAGGCCCUCGAGGCUCUGUGGUCACUCGCCUCCCUGCUAGUCUCUGGUCCUGGUCUGGAGUUAUAUUUUGAUGCCAUGAAGACACUGUUUAUAUCUAAUGUUUAUAUAUUUUAAAGAUUUGUGCCAAGAGAGUAUAUUUAAUAAAAAUAUAAAUGACUUCUUCUCCUGCUCCUGGCUGUUCUUUGGCUCUGACCCCACAUCUUCCCCCAUGAACCCCCAAACAGGGUUGAAGUGUUUUUGAAACAUAUUUGUGAUAAACGUUCUGAAUAAAAGUCUUGAAUAAAGUUUUUAAAUGCAA